CCCCGGGGCGGAGCGGGGAGCGGGGAGCGGAGCGAGGCCUCCGGGGGUUUGGGGGCCCAGGUCGUCGUGGGUCCGGGCCGUCCCCGCCCACCGGCCCCGGCCGCUACUGAGCUCCUGCCGGCCCGGCCCAACACCCUGGCCAGCAGCCGGAGGGUCCCUCCGGCCGAGAGACCCCCCAGCGCCAGGGACGGAGGGACAACCCGUCAGCCUGGGACCCCGCCGGGGGCGAGACCCCUCCUAGGGACAAGAGACCCCUCCGACUGGGCAUCUCUCCGAGGACGAGACCCCUCUGGGGACGAGACCCCUCCUAGGAGGAGACCCCUCCGGGGACGAGAUCCCUCCGGGAGGAGACCCCUCCGGCUGGGGAUCUCUCCGGGGACGAGACCCCUCCUAGGAAGAGACCCCUCCUUGGAGGAGACCCACCCCCCAAGGACCAGACCCCUCGAGGGACGAGACCCCUCCCUGGAGGAGACCCCCCCAAAGACCAGACCCCUCUGGGGACGAGACCCCUCCUAGGAGAAGACCCUUCCUUGGGAAGACCCCUCCUUGGAAAAGACUCCCCCCCCCCCCGACUCCACUGGGGACGAGACCCCUCGAGGGACGAGACCCCUCCUUGGAGGAGACCCUCUCCAAGGACCAGACCCCUCUGGGGACGAGACCCCUCUUAGGAGAAGACCCCCCUCCUUGGAGGAGACCCCUCCAAGGACCAGACUCCACUGGGGACGAGACCCCUCCUGGGAGGAGACCCCUCGAGGGACGAGACCCCUCCUUGGAGGAGACCCCCCCAAGGACCAGAUCCCUCUGGGAACGAGACCCCUCCUAGAAGAAGACCCCUCCUUGGAGGAGCCCCCCCCCCAAGGACCAGACUCCACUGGGGACGAGACCCCUCCUCGGAGGAGACCCCCUUCUAGGAGAAGACCCCUCCGGGCUGGGACCCCUCUCAGGACGAAACUCCUCCUAGGAGGGGGACCUCUCCGAGGACGAGACCCCUCCGAGGACGAGACCCCCCUGGGGACGGGACCCCUCCUAGGAAGAGACCCCUCCGGGGGGGGGAGCCGGGCGAGGCGGCGGCCCCUCGGAGCAGGGAUGUCGGGGUCGGGGUCGGGGCCGGGCCCGGGCCCGGAGCCUCUGCUGAUCCGCGGCGGUCGGGUGGUCAACGAGGACCGGUCGGAGAUGUGGGACGUGCUGGUGGAGGGCGGCGUGGUGCGGGAGCUGGGGCCCGACCUGCCCGUGCCCGGACACCUGCCCGCCGGCCUCAGGGUCCUGGACGCCAAGGGGAUGCUCCUGCUGCCCGGGGGCAUCGACACCCACACGCACAUGCAGUUCCCUUUCAUGGGCUCCCAGUCCAUCGACGACUUCCACCAGGGCACCAAGGCAGCCCUGGCUGGAGGCACCACCAUGAUAAUUGAUUUUGCCAUACCUCAGAAAGGCUGCUCCCUUAUAGAGGCAUUUGACACUUGGAGAAGCUGGGCCGACCCCAAGGUCUGCUGUGACUACUCCCUGCAUGUGGCGGUUACGUGGUGGAGCGACCAGGUCAAAGAAGAAAUGAAAAUUCUUACCCAGAGCAAAGGUGUUAACUCAUUCAAGAUGUUUAUGGCCUACAAAGAUGUGUAUAUGAUUCGAGACAAUGAGUUAUAUGCAGCUUUUUCUCAGUGCAAGGAAAUUGGUGCUAUCGCCCAAGUUCAUGCUGAAAAUGGAGACUUGAUUGCAGAGGGUGCGAAGAAGAUGUUGAGAUUGGGGAUUACCGGUCCCGAGGGCCAUGAACUGUGCCGGCCAGAACUUGUAGAGGCAGAAGCCACUCUGAGAGCCAUCACGAUAGCCAGUGCCGUGAACUGCCCGCUUUACGUGGUGCAUGUGAUGAGCAAGUCUUCAGCUAAGGUGAUAGCUGAUGCGAGGAGGGAUGGAAAAGUGGUAUUUGGGGAACCUAUAGCUGCUAGUCUUGGCACAGAUGGAACUCACUACUGGAACAAAGAAUGGCACCAUGCUGCACACUACGUCAUGGGGCCUCCUCUGAGGCCAGAUCCUUCAACGCCCGAUUUCCUCAUGAACCUACUGGCUAACGGUGACCUGACCACAACUGGGACUGACCACUGCACCUUUAACACUUGCCAGAAGGCACUGGGCAAGGAUGAUUUCACCAAGAUCCCCAAUGGAGUAAAUGGUGUGGAGGAUCGGAUGUCAGUCAUUUGGGAAAAAGGCGUGGAAAGUGGUAAAAUGGAUGAAAAUCGAUUUGUAGCAAUUACCAGCACCAAUGCGGCUAAAAUAUUUAACCUCUAUCCAAGAAAGGGAAGAAUAGCCGUAGGCUCUGAUGCCGACAUUGUCAUCUGGGACCCAAAAGCCACAAGGACAAUUUCUGCAAAAACUCAUCAUCAGGCUGUUAACUUCAACAUAUUUGAAGGAAUGGUUUGUCAUGGAGUACCCCUGGUAACCAUUUCAAGAGGCAAAGUGGUAUAUGAGGCUGGUGUUUUAAAAGUCAAAGCCGGAGAUGGAAAGUACAUUCCUCGCGAACCAUUUGCCGACUACGUUUACAAAUGUGUCAAGCAAAGAGAUCAGACUUGCACCCCUAGCCCUGUGGAACGAGCACCUUAUAUGGGAGAAGUGGCCACGUUGUCGUCAACUAAGAAAAAAGAAAGUUCAAAAUCUGGAGCCCGGAAGCACUCACGUUCUUAAAGUUCAGCUCCUUCAGGUUGGAGCCAGAGGAAAAUCCCCCUUGCAACCACCUGAGGCGGAUGUUGUCUUCUCAACUCUCAGAUAACUAGCCCUCUUGUCGAUUCAUUGCUCCAGGCCUUCCUUGUGUAGUCUCAGAAGUGAAUACUGCUAUUCUAGCUGUGAUUUCUUGCAGAAUAAAAUUAAAACCUAAGGUGUUAGUGAAUUUUUAGUACCGGGCAGGCGCUUGCAAACACCCUUUAAUGAUCCUUUAAAUUGACACCUACUGGAUUUCUGAGAUUCUACCCUAGUUAAAAAAAAUGUUCUGAGUUUUGAAUAGUAGUUCUGCCACCGAGACAAACCAAUAUAUAGUCAUACUUAAAAUAAAAUUUUUAGAUCAACAUUGA